CAGGACCUGCAUUUCCCCCACAACCACCGUUUCUGGGCAAGCCGGACAGAGCUGGCCUUACUAUUUCACACAUCUACUCGCCGCCUUAUCACAACCUCCCAGACACACCGCGGCAUAUCUCGACUUCCGUUGAUUCUCUGGAGAAGCUGGUCUUGCUGACUUGGAGGGGCAAGUCGCGGGUUGCCACCGACUCAUCCAUAACGCAGCCAACAGACGUGAGCACCUUCCGUUGGUUGUUCCCGAGCUCCUUGGGGACUCGGAAUGCGAACGAACCCAAAACAGCAACCUGCUCAAUCGCCUGGCAUAGACGCAGUAACGACGACUUCGAAAUAUACAAACAAGGAUGGUUCCAAGUUCAUAACCAUACCAAAAUUCUCCAACUCAACCGAUUCGUCUGACACAUCCCCAAACAUGGCGCAAGCCACAGCGAAGGCAAACGCAGACGCAAUAAACCCAUCGCCCGCAGAACAAGCUAGUGCGCCAUCGGUAAAUAAGAAGAAACAAAAACGAAGGCAAAAGCUAGCAGAGCAGGCUGCAAAAAUAGCAGCAGAAGCAGAGGCUUUAAGUCGAGCGGGCGAUGCUCAAUCAGGGCCCAGCCCCGGAUACCAGGGAGACCAGGCAUUCGAAAAUACGACAAGCGACCGGGUAUACUAUAGCGACGACGAGGGAGAUGGCUACUCCGGGUCAUAUGAGCACAGCGUGUCUCCGCCGCAUAGUUUAUCUCCACCACCUACAAAUAUGACUGCAAAGCCGGGGAAGAGGAAGGGAAAAGGCAAAAGCGCUCAGUCCGACCAGACCGCCCUAGCGUCAUCUUCAACUGCAGCAGCGGGCGCACCCUCUCAAGCAGUUGGCAUGUCGAAGGAAAAGAUUUGGAACACAUCUUCGCAAGAAGAACGUGAAAGGAUCAAGGUCUUUUGGCUUUCUCUUGGAGAGGAAGAGCGCAGGUCCCUCGUCAAAGUGGAGAAAGAUGCUGUGCUUAAAAAGAUGAAGGAGCAGCAGAAGCAUUCGUGUAGUUGCACAGUAUGCGGGCGCAAGCGCAUAGCUAUUGAAGAAGAGCUGGAAGUUCUGUAUGACGCAUACUAUGAGGAAUUGGAACAGUACGCGAACAACCAGCAUGGGGACCGACCACCGCCAAUGAUGCCUGGGUCGCAACGUUUUGGCGCGCUAAGCGGCCUUCAACCACCAAAUCGAUUGCCCCCUGCUUUUAAUGGUCGACAGCCUUCUCGUGGCCGAAUAGUAGAGCAAUUUGGUGAUGAUGAAGAAGAAGAUGAAGGAGACGAGGAAUACAGUGAGGAUGAAGCAGAGGAAGAAGACUAUAUUAGCGACGAGGACCCUCCGGAAGAGAUUGCAAGGAGCCAUGCAACUGAUUUCUUCAACUUUGGGCAGAGUCUCACGGUGCAAGGUGGUAUACUCACAGUUGCAGAUGAUCUUCUGAAAAACGACGGCAAGAAAUUCAUUGAGAUGAUGGAACAGUUAGCUGAGCGGAGGAUGGCGCGAGAGGAAGAUGCUAAAGAACAUUAUACCCCGAACGGUUACCCGCAUCCGAAUGGCAUGCAAACUCAUACACACCACUCACAUCAUAACCACCCACCGGCCCCUGAGGAAGAUGAGGAUUAUGAUGACGAGGAGGAGGAGGAUGAGUAUGAUAGCCAGGAUGGGGAGUACGACGAAGAGGAAAUGGAUGCCAUGACGGAAGAACAACGUAUGGAAGAAGGGAGGAGGAUGUUCCAAAUAUUUGCGGCCAGAAUGUUCGAGCAGCGGGUACUCACAGCUUAUAAAGAGAAAGUUGCCGCCGAACGCCAAGAAAAGCUUCUACAGGAGCUCGAUGAAGAAGAUAUGGCCAUUAUGCAGAAGAAGGCAAAGAAAGCUAAGGAAGCCCAGAAGAAAAAGGAGAAAGCUGCGCAAAAGAAGCUGGUCCUUGCUGAGGAGAAAGCCAGGCGAGACGCCGAGAAAGCUGCCGAAGAAGCUGCGCGACUAGCCGAGGAAGCUGCGAAGGCUGAAGAAGCUCGGCUGAGAGCUGAGGAGAAACGCAGGAAGCGCGAAGCUCAGAAGAAGGCCGAAGACGAAGAGCGGUUAAGAAAGGAAGCAGAGAAACAACGCCGGGUUCAAGAACAGCGAGAACGGCAGGCUGAGCAAGAACGCAAGGCACGUGAAACCAAGGAGCGUGAGAAAAAGGAGAAGGAAGAGCUAAGGCAAAAGGAGAAAGAGGCCAAGGAAGUCAAGGAGAAGGAGCUACGAGAGAAGAAGGAGAAGCAAGAGAAGGAAAAGAAGGAAGCUGAGUUGAAGGCCAAGGCAGAUAAGGAGGCGGGCGACAACCGUAAGCGCGAAGAGGCUGCCCAACAGCAAAAUAAACGCCAACAGCAGCCUAUUUCCAUUCCCACCCCUGGAGGACACCAAUCAUGGCAGACGCCAAGCAACCCCCAUAUUCCUGUUGUUACGCCUGCAAUUCCCAAAGCUCCAACGCCUAACCGUCCAGUGAACCCACCUCAAAGAGAACCGGCAGUGCCAAUACCUCACACGCCACGGUUUGGUUCUUCAGGGAGUCAGAGCACUUCUCCGAAUUCUUCAACUCCUUUACAGAACAGCCCAGGCCCCCAGGCUCUUCCUAGCAGGACUCCAUCUCAGCCAUUCCUACAUCACCCCCAAGCAAAUGCACCUAUGCAUUCUACUCUAAAGGGACCUCAAUCGGGAUUCGGGCCUCCGCCAUUUCCAGGUAUGCAACCGCCUAUGGGUAUGAAUGGAUUCCAGCCCGGUUUGCCGCAAAUGGCUCCUGGAUUUGGUGGUAGGAUGCAUCAAGAACCGAUGUUUCCACACCAGUCGUUUGGAAACCAAUUUCGUCCGAUGUCUGGUCACAAUGCCGGGCCUAUGUACCCUGGAAUGAACAACAUGCCUAUGCCACAAGGCAGGGGAUUACCCGGCCCACACGCUCCGCCGCCGGGAUUCAUGUCACAGAUGUCGAAUGGAAUGGGACCUCUAUCGCAACCAUUUGGCGGCCACAAAGAACCUGGGCCAUCCCAGCUGCACAGCAGACAACAGUCAGGGUCGUUUGACAAACCAUUGUCGGAUCCUAAUGCACCACCCGCCGCAGGCCAACCUAUUGCGCGACCUGCUCCGAUUGGUCGCCCUGGAAGCGUCGUGCAAGGCCAGCGUUCUGACGCCGAUAUCGACGACCUAGCAGGCCACCUUGGAAGCAGUGCAUUACUAGAUGACUCGGAUGAGCCAAUCGCUAUUAAUACUCGACGUUCCAGCGCAGCGCCUGGUAGUCUUAGUCGACAGGGUGGGUUUGGACAGCCAUAUAGCAUGGAUCCGUCGGCAUUUUCAAGCCCAGGGUCAUAUGGUACCUGGGGUGGACCUCCCAAUCCAUUUGGUUCAGGAUCUCUACCUGGUUCAGGCUUCAUGAGUGGCUGGGGUAACUCGGCGCCAAGCGGGUUUGGUAACGUCAGCGGACUACCAGCAAGGCCGUCACAACCUCGGUCUGUUGCCGUACGAUUGAUGCUCUGCAGAGCAUGUAAGCUACUCGAAGGCUCCACGCCCGAUGGCUUCUUUCCCAUCAAUGCUGUUCGCGAGCAAAUUAACCGCAUCAACACAACUCGCGAUGACACUGUCUCAGACAAAGAGCUACUAGAUCUGUGCGAGACAGAAGGCAACCCGAAUAAUGGCGGUGGAUUCUUUGAUGUACGGAACGAGCGAGAUGGCCGCGUCUUGAUCCGCCAUGAACCUGACUCAGGGGGUGGCUCUCUUCGGCCUGUCGGUGCACCUGGUGACAUAGGCAGCCCGAUUGCCACCAGCGCCAAUGCGACGCCGUCUAAUCGCUUCUCGUCCGGGAUGUCUGCGCCGGGCUCGGGGUUCUAAUAUCCUUACCUGUACGGCAACUUUGAUUUUGCGUUCUCUCUCAUUUUGUGUGCAUUGCAAGACAAGCAGGGGCUACGGCUAUUUCUGCACUUGCUACCUUUGGUGUUAACUCUUACCUCCAUGGCUGCGGAUGCGGCUGUUGUAUCUGUUUAGCGAGGCUGGUAUAUUGGAACUAGGACUUGCUGACGAAUGAAAGCGAGCUGAUCCGCACAUUUCAGCUACU